AUGAAGCGCCUUUUUCUCACCCUCUCGAUUUUGGUGGCCUCAAUUUCACUCAUCAUCUACAACUCAACCGCCAUCAAGUCGUUGCUCGACAAAUACUCACCAAUCGAAACCUGCAUUUCACUUUCAAAGAUUCCCCCCACCGAGCAGGAAAUACCCACAGAAGACCUUUCAAAACACAUGAACAGCAUCAAGUCCGCCAUGUCCAAGACUCUGCACCAUGCCAAGAUUACACCACACAAAUCCAGCACUAGGGGUCAUAGCGACCACGGCUGGCUGAAUACUUAUCACAGCUUCAGCUUCGCAGAUUGGUACGACCCGCGUUUCUCCCACUUCGGCUCGCUCAGGGUCCUGAACGAAGACCGUGUCAAGGCCCAGAGCGGGUUCCCAACCCACCCUCACCGGGACUUUGAGAUCUUCAGCUAUAUCCUGUCCGGGGAGCUCACGCACCGCGACUCGAUGCUCCAGAAGGGCGCCGAGGGUGGGCAAUCGGACAAGUUUUAUCGUAUGCACCGUGGCGAUGUGCAAUUCACUACAGGAGGCACAGGCAUCGCGCACUCUGAGCAGAACGAGCACAGGUCAGAGACGGUGCACUUCCUGCAGAUCUGGGCCAUCCCUUGGAAGCGUGGCCUCAUCCCGCGCUACCAUACGAAGCACUUCCCCGAGGAGGAGAAGAGGAAGGGUUUCGUCAAUAUCCUGAGUCCGUUGAAGGCGGGCGAGGAUGCGAGCAAAGCUGAGGAGCAGGAGGCCAAGCCUGCCAUCGAGGGGACCAUCCCGAUCCAUGCAGACUUUGUGAUGAGCGCUGGUAUCAUUGCCCCUGAGCAGAGGUUCGAGUGGAAGGUUGGUGCAAACGUCACACAGGCGACCAAGCGCAAGGUCUAUAUCCAUCUACCGAUGACAAAGGGUGGUAAAGCCAAGAUCAGACUGGAUGGCCGGGAUGAUGCAGUUUUGGAGGAGGGCGAUGGCGCUUUUGUUGAUUCCGUGAAUGCGGGUGAUAAGCUCGUAGUUGAGAGCCUGGGGAGUGCUGAAGCGGAGGUCGUGCUGCUGGACACUGCUUAA